AUGGAAAAAUCCACAGGAGUCUCAAUCAGCACAAUAGAACCAGAGAUGGACUAUGAUGUGGGAUGUAUUCGCAUGUCCAGAACUAAACCAGAAUACUGGAGCCGUCUAGGUUCAUCUAAGAACAGAACUCAUGAGCAGGAGAACCUUGGAAAAGAGACCAUCAUGGAUAUCAUGAUGGAGGCCCCACAAGAAUGUACAUUUGCAUUCACAGACGGAUCCUGCUUGACUAAUCCAGGCCCGACCGGUGCAGGAGCAGUCCUGUACACUCCAGGAGGUGACGCAAUCAGGCUAAAAAGAGCGGUCACAAAACAUGGUACAAUCCUGCUAGCUGAGCUGGUCGCAGUCUUGAUGGUUCUAGAAGAAAUACUUCAACAUCCCCACCUAACACCCGGCAACAUAAUUCAAAUCUUCAGUGACAGCCAGACAGUGGUUGGCAUCCUAACCAUGGGCUGGAAAAACAACGGCCAUAGGAGUGUGAUUGAAGAAAUCAAGAAGGCACUUAGGACACUAUCUAUGACCACAACAGUGCAACUCCUAUUGACAUCCGGUCAUGCAGGCCUACAGGGCAAUGAAGUUGCAGACGGCCUAGCAAAAGAAUGA